ACUGUCAAAUGGCGCCGUUGCCGGGGAGUGGCACGGCAUUAGUUUAAUUUCUUCUGAUUAGCUUGGGUGAAGAUUGGUUAGAACGAUCUUCUCACUUCCUUUCACCAACCACCCGUAAUAAUUAUUAUGGAUAACCCUAGUGGUUAUUACGGUCCGCCUUCUUUCUACCAAUCACCUAACCGCCCUCCGUUUCAAACCCAUCCACCUUACCACCCGCAUCAGAACCCAUACGAGGAUGACUACCAAGUCAACAAUGGGUCUGACUACUAUCCCUACCAUGAGGAACCACCAUAUUAUACCCCAUCUGAAAACUUUGGAUAUUCUCCGUACCAAGACUCUGAUGGGGAAGAUUAUUAUGAACCUCAUGGUGAUCACGAUGACUAUGACCGCAAUGGGCCUAUAUACGACGAUCAAGCUGAUCCGCUCGUCGAAGAAAUAAUAAGAUUAGAACAGAAAAUCUUCUAUUUCGACGAAGUUUUAUUCGCUGAAGGCUCCUGGUAUGAACCACCCUACUCCCGUGACUAUACCCUGUUUGCCGAAAAACAAAUUGAAGCAAACAAGGUGGCAAUUCGAGAAAGAGCGAAACUUCUCGAAUCAGUCCGGAAGGAAAAGGAGUUCGAAAGGAGAUUAUGCAAUGGAUCAGAUAUGAUGCAGAAAAUGCUGGAUGACUUCCAAAGAGAGAGACUAGAAGCCGAGGCUAAAGCUGAUAAAUUAGUCAAUGAUCUCUGUAAGGCUGUUGAACCUAAACGCUCCUUCCAAUCUCAAGAUCCACAAUUGGAGGAAGUUAAUGCUCAAAACGAGGCUCUAGAACCCAAGACCAACCCUGAACCAUCCAACCAUCAAGUGCCACUUCUAGAGGAUUUACCCGGUUUUACACCAUCACAGAAACCCGAGAGCAUAACAACUCUCGCUAGGGCUACUGUGGUGAUGUUACCUAAAUCCCUUCCUAGCCAAGUCACAACUAGCAUAGUCGUACAUGAGGUGGAACCAAUUGAGAGACCUAACUCAAAACCACCUACGCUCAUUCAAGAAAAGGAGGAGGAAGUUUUGCCUCCAGCAAUAAACAACCAUCUCCUUAAUUGUGUUCAAGACACACCUCCAGAGGAACCUGUUCUGGAGAAAGUAGAACCCAUUACCUGCCCCCAAGAUUCAAUUCAGUCCGAGCAGGAAUCUACAGACAAGGAAUUACGUUGCUCUGAUGAACUAAAUUCGUUUAUAGAAACAUGCACAACUAAUAAUUCAUCUGAAGCCUCAGACCAUACUUUCUUUGAUUCCCUACUUGACGAGUAUGACUAUGUCUGCUUGAAGGAUGGUUGGAACUUAAAGAGUUGGGAUGAACUUCUAAUGAGUGACGAAAAGGACUCUUCCUUGGGGGAGGGGCACUGGCAGGACAUCGAUGAGUUUCUGUACAACCCAAAAUGGAGGAUCCUGCUGUUCCUGCAACCACCAGCAAGCCUGGAAGUCACCAUUGAGUUUCUUUGCUCUCUCCACUUCCACAAUGACGGAGAGCAAGUAAAGUCAACAGCUGAAGUCACCUCCACCACCAAGGUCACAUUCACUCUAAUGGGUCGACUGCUGAGCCUUACUAUGGCAGACUUAGGGUGGCUGAUUGGUCUUUACACACUUGACGAGACGCGGAGCUUGGCCUUUGCUAAUCUGCCCGACCAGUUGGAUCCGGAGUUCGAUGUGAGGAAGUUCUGGAAAGCUCACGGGUAUGGACGAUAUCACAGUGGAGCAAGCAUAGCCAGGAAUUGGGUGCGUCCGUCUUGGAGGAUUUUACACCAUGCAUUGACUCACAGCUAUUUGGGCCGUUCUCGUGACUCCGAUGUAGUGUUUGAUUCUGAUAUGCUAUUUUUCUGGAGUCUGGAAGCGCGCGUACCAGUCAAUUUAGCAACUUUUGUGGCCCGAUUCCUAUUUGCUCAGUCGACUAGCAACCACCAGUUUGUCUUGUGUGGGCCAAUGGUUACGCUUCUGGCCCGAGGAUUAUGUAUGACAGUCCCUAAUCUUCUCCCAGAGGCUGCAAGCAUAUUCCGACCAUCGACAAGGUAUUUAAUCCAGAUCGCUUAUAAUAAGGAGGCACGCCCCAGAAAGCAGCAUAGAAUUCCCAUGACCCUUCGCGAGCUUUCACAGGCUAUGUUUGCAUUCCAGGAUUCUGUGGACUCUCACUUAAGGAGCAUGGAGACACUCCUCCUCACGCAACAAUGGCAGGUAGAGGAAAUACUUGAAUACACCCGGGAACAAGGAACAAAGAAGGCUGAGCAUGGGGCAGGUCCGAAACAAGAAAAACGUCAGGGAUAGUGAGAUCCCUAAUUUCUUAAUACUGCAUUCAGAACAUCAUUUUUUGGAUAUUUAUAUGAUCUUAUUUUGGAAUUUCACAUUAUGACUCUUAAA